AUGGCUCCCCUCAGUCCUCUCAGUCCUGUCACUCCCCAAACCGGAGAGCGUUAUCGCAACGUCGAAACAGAGCUCAAUUUGUGCUAUCGUGACAUGGUAGCAGGAGAUGGCAGGAUACCGUGGUUCUCACACCUGCAUAACCUAUAUCAGAACGAUGUUCGAUUAGUCGGACGAGCAACGAGCCUGAUAAUGGAAACUGGAGGAGGUGGCAUUCCGAUAUCUCCAACCUAUCAGCCGAAAAAUGCCCAAGGAUUACCUGCUUGGUUCGCUCCAGAACACAAUAUGUAUCUCAUGAUCAUACAUACCGGAGGUCUAUCGCCCCAGCUGAUGUACCAGGACGACCCAGAGCUGGUUGAAAGAGUUCAAAGACUUCUCGUACGAGAGCUGAGCGCGAUUGGAACAAUUAUUCCACAGUACGAUGAUGAAGCCGAACUGCCUGCACGACUUCAAGCGCUUGGGAAUCCGCCCCCAUACCAACCACCAAAUAAUUUCACCCUCUUUGGCGAUACAGUGCCUGGGGAGAUGUGGUAUCAGCCAGAUCACGUACUCCGGACAUUCUAUACUAUGACUGACGAACAAGUCGCUCGGCUGCCCGACGACAUCCGCGAGCAAGUAAUGUAUAUGAGAGUUGGCUGGGGGUGCCACCACCACUCGAUCAGCGAUUAG